AAAUCACAAAUCAAAUCUCAACUUUCUUCUUAAUCAAACAAUUCUUCUUAAUCCCAAUGGCUCGUACCAAGCAGACAGCUAGGAAAUCAACAGGAGGCAAAGCACCAAGGAAGCAAUUAGCAACAAAAGCAGCGAGGAAAUCUGCUCCAGCCACCGGAGGAGUGAAGAAGCCUCACAGAUUCAGACCUGGAACGGUGGCACUAAGAGAAAUCAGGAAGUAUCAGAAGAGCACUGAGCUUCUGAUCCGUAAACUUCCUUUCCAGAGGCUUGUGAGAGAGAUUGCUCAAGACUUCAAGACCGAUCUCCGUUUCCAGAGUAGUGCUGUUGCUGCUCUCCAGGAAGCUGCUGAAGCUUACCUUGUUGGACUCUUUGAAGACACUAAUCUUUGUGCUAUUCAUGCUAAGAGAGUUACUAUCAUGCCUAAGGAUAUCCAACUCGCGAGAAGGAUUAGAGGAGAAAGAGCUUAGAUCUAAGUAUUCUGGUGGCUGGCUUUUGUAUUUCCUUAGAAUGAUAAGAAUGUAUGAUUUCAAGUUUAUCUAAGGAUUUAAUGUUAAUUCCAAGCAAUUAUCCAA